AUGAUUGCAUACCACAAGAUAAAGCAACCAUUUUACAACCCUGGACAAGAUAACUACCGCUUUGGAAAAGAUUGCAAACCAGAGCUGCUCAUUAAUGGGGGGCAACCCUUUAGAGCUUAUAAGCGCUUUAUCCAAGAUUCAUGUAUCGGAAUUAGCAACCGAAGUUGGGGUGCUCGGUUAGAGCUUCGCAUGUCUACUGCAAGUGCAUUAAUAAAUAUUGAUGCAGUGCAUCAUCGUGUCUGGGAAUGCCGUCAAUAUUUACACUGGGAAACAUCUAAUGACAUUGCUUCCUACUGGAGCAUGUAUAUGGAUGCUAUUGAGUAUGCAAUCAAUAGUCUUCAGAUUCAACGUGAUCUAAAAUAUUUGGCAUCAGAAACGGCCCAGGAACACGAUUUAUUAUGA